CCUGGGUCCCAAACACCAGAGCAAGUUCUAGACCCAGCAGAAGGACAGCCAGACGGCACAAUGGCACUGAACAUUCAGAUCCGGGCUGCCUGCCUCCUUCUCCUCCUCCUCGCCAGCCUGACCAGUGGCUUCAUUUUCCCACAACAGACAGGACAGAUUGCAGACAUCAAGCCCCAGGACACAGCUGGACCCAGGGCCAGCUGGACGCAGCCCAUGCUUCAGAAGCGGAGCCGGCGAGACACCCACAUCCCCAUCUGCCUGUUCUGCUGCAAGUGCUGUCGGGCAUCAUCCUGUGGGAUAUGCUGCAGGACAUAGAGCCUUCCUACCGGCCCCCCAGUCUGCCCUCCUUUAUUUAUUCCUGCCAUUCCCCAGUGCGGAUCUUGGAAUAAAAUGACUGGUUCUAUCUUCUGUUUUCCAAA